AUGAAGAGUGGAGAAGACAAAUGUCAGACCAAGAAGCUGAACACCACAAAUCUCGACUCGUUGAAAAGACCCGAAAUUGUUCGAACUCUUACUAUUCGAUGCCCACAUUUCUCCAAGAAAAAAAGUACUCCAGCAGCUGGUUUAUUCAGGGGAUUGCACAAACUCUACUCACUUAUCAUCAAAAACGCCCGAUUACCCACGAUUCCAAACGAUUUGUUCGCACAUACGCCAAACUUGAUGACACUGGAUAUGUCAGGGAAUGAACUGCGCAUCGAACCGUACUCGCUGAAGUCGCUGAGUAAUUUGAUUCACUUGGAUUUGAGCAAUAAUUCGAUCAACUUUCUCGCCAACACGCUGAUUUCGUUAACGAAGUUAAAUGUACUGACAAUGGAUCACAAUAAACUCACGAACGUCGAUUUUCGCAGACUACCGGAAGAACUAUCGGACUUGUCGCUUCGCCAUAAUUUUAUAACAACCCUCCAUUAUGCGCCUCCAAGCGUCAGAAAUCUUCGCCGAAUCGAUCUGUCAGGAAAUAUGCUAGAGUUCAUUUCCGGAAGUGGCUCCGUGAAUAUGCUUCCAGCUGGCUUGAAACAAGCUGAUCUUUCCAACAACCGUAUUAGUUUCGUUCAAGAUGGUGCCCUAUCGCUUAUGGAGAAGUUGGCUCUUCUAGAUUUGAAAGGGAAUCAACUGACCGAGCUGAAAGAAACAACAAUGGCCGGCCCUAGAACUCGGCUUCGUCUAUUCUUGGAGGGCAACCCACUGAAGUGUCAUUGCGGACUCCGCUGGCUUUUGCAUGCCAAAUCCAAAACAUCACCCGUUGUUCUUGAUUUACCAAGGCUCUCUUGUUCCUUAUUAUUGGAUGAAAAUCAGCGACUGAAUCUAACAAUCGCGGACCAGCUAAAUCAACUCAUCUGCAAGUACGAACGUUUCUGUCCAGAAUCUUGUUCCUGCUGCGAAGAGGUGAAGUGUUCUUGUAGAAGUGAAUGCCCGCAACAAUGUCAGUGCUACCGAUCCAGCAACAUGGAGAGACUAAGAAAUGCACAAAAUAUCGCGAUAUGUGAAAAACUGCGAUUCGACCACCUGUCUGCACUCCCCGAGUCCAUUACUGAGCUACGCAUCGACACAGCCGACUGGAACCAAUGGGAUGUUGGAAAACUUCAGAAUUUGCGAAUGCUUUCUACGUUACGGCUGUUGAAUACGCCGAUCACUGAUGAUGAAGUCAACACUCUUUCAUCUCUGAAAUCACUAACGCACCUUCAACUUUCCUCAACUUCAAUCACGAAAGUGCCGUCGCAGAUGGGACACCUUUCACAGUUGCUGCUUGCUGGUAACCCGCUGUUACAGUUAUCUGCCGAGAAUCUCAAGGUACUCGACCAAGUAAAGAAAGUUUCUUUGGGUGGCAACUACACACAUUUCACCUGCGAUUGCAACUCACCCAGUCCACUUCAGUUGUGGUUAAGAGAGAAGAGAAAUAGAGACAAAUCGUUUGGCACAGUUACGGUUUUAUCCACGUUACCAACAAAUGAUUCGCUCUGCCAUGAAGAAACGAUAGAUACGACUCAGUGGAUUGAGUUCGUUACGAAUAUUGAACGAAAUGGGAAACGGAGUGAUUCUACAAAGAAGGCGAUCACGACUCGAUCGUAUGAGGAAACUCUUCGUCCAGACUCUAUCAUCGAUGUUAACGACCGAAAUUCCAAUGAGAUGUCGCCUUCCUCUCCUGUUCCAGAUCAACCAUUAUCUUCUUCGCAAAUAGCCUAUCGAUCGCGCUCCUUGACCGGACGAUAUGUUACGUCAACAGUGUCCUCAACGAAUUCAACAACACAACUGACCAUCACGACUCCGAGGCAGAGAAGGAAAUAUCAGAGAGACAACAAUCCAGAUAAGUUCCUCAACGCUUUGAUCUUCGUCUUGUUUGCUUGCGUCCUGAUACUGGUGGUUGCUAUAGCGUUUACAUUGUAUUUCAGAUUCAUUCGCAUCGAUAGCUCACGGAAACCUCAAAAACGACUUCCAGAAGCGAUGCCACUUAACGUAUCGGCUUAG